GCAUCUGUGAAAACUUUUCUAACUGCAGUUCGUGUAUUGGUAAUGACACAAAUGUAGCAGGCUGCAAGUGGAUCAGAUGUGAAAGAGACAUGUGUGUAAAUGAAACAGAAGUACAUUUGAAAUAUCACAACUGUACAGUUGAAGAACAGUGUUCUUCUCCUACAGUUGUUCCUCUUUCCAGUGCUACUACGCCGUCUUCCAAUACUACUACAUCACCUUCCAAUGCUACCACAGCGUCUUCCAAUACUACCACAGCCAGUACUGCUACCACAGCUCAUACUACUAUAGCUAACAUCACCAAUGUAACUACACGUGCUCCUCUACCUACAACUGCCAUUACUUCAACUACCACAACAACCAGUAUUCCAGGUACAAAUGCUACUGUGACUCCUGCACCUUCUCCACGCAAAUCUACAUUUGAUGCUGCGAGUUUCAUAGGUGGAAUUGUCCUUGUUCUGGGUCUGCAGGCUGUUGUUUUCUUUCUGUACAAAUUCUGCAAGUCAAAAGACCGAAACUAUCACACACUUUAGGACCUGCCACUUUAUGAUGGACUAGUAGCCCAAAACCUGUAGUUCACUGAACCAAAAUAUUUUCUGUUGCUCAUGGAAGACAGCCGUUCAUAAUAUCCUUUAAAUCUCUAAAAGAAGACUUUAAAAGAAUAUUUUUGCAACAUUAUACUUGGCAAGAGGUGAUAUGAAUCUCUUCAACAGGAUUACUUGCAAUAUGCUGCAUGGGUUCUAAUGGCUGUCUUAUUUUCCUUUAGUGGCUGCUGCUGUGGGACUUUUUUUUUGAUAUGCCAAAUGUAGAUGUUGAGAGAUUCUUAUUCAGUGGCAACACUGUCUUGAGUAGACAAUCUCAUGAUGACUUAUUGUGAAGGCUAAUUUAAUCAACAUUUGAUACAGUAUCCCUUCAGUUUUAUCAAGAUGUGAAUUAUUGGUGACUGACAUCAGGGAGUGAAAUACCAUUUAUACUAGCUUGUGGCUCUUAUAGCAUGCUGCUAGAAAGAUGAACAAAAUUGUAGAAGUAGAUAAUGUCUUAACAGAA